CAGAGUCCGAUGCAGUACCCUGCUGGCUAUGGCUUACAUCCUGCAAACUACAGUGUGCCCUCAGGACACUAUUCACAAGUGCCCAAUAAAGCUGUCUCUCCACAUUUGGAUAAUCAGUAYAGAGCCAGUUAUCACUCUACUUACUAUUCAGCACCAGCACAAAAUGUUAUGAUACCUCCUGUGGGUACCAACAUGUUGAAUACACAGGAAUCGCAACAACUAUACAACAAGACCUCUCCCCCGACAGCCGGCUCAGCAGAAGGACAUGUUCAAGGAGCUGUAUCAUCUGCAUCCUACUUACAUACCACUGCUCAGCAGUCAUAUUCAGCAUUUGGUAAUCACUACAGCACUUCUCUCAGCUCCUCAGUUGCAUCUCAGGGAUUUCCCMUUAAUUCUGACCAUUACACUAUGCCUGUUGUUUCUAGUCCUAUGUAUCCUACUGUUUCCUAUCCUUCUGCAGCUGUUGACAGUGUGUAUGGGCAGGUAUGUACCUCUCAGAGCCUAUCUGAUGUUGGACAGUUUAAACAGACAAAUGCAUUUUCUAGCCAGAGUCCAGCAGUAGCUCAUUCACUUCAGCAGCAUCUUCCCGUGGGAUAUAAUUCAACGUUGCCGAUUAUUUCACCUGCUCAGUCUGUUCAAGACAGCCUCAGCAGAAAUCUUGUUGGAUCGCUGGCUAAAGCAAACAACCAAAUAAGUCCAGGUGGCAUUGAUUCUUUACAGCCUACACAAUUGGGAAGCCAGAAGGCCCCAUUUACCAAGCCUGGAGUUGGAACAGCUGCUUCUCCAGCUGCUGUCUCAUCAGUGAAGGCACCUGCUCCAGGCCAUGCAGCAGAGUCAAAGUCUGCACCCCCGGCUACCCAGGCACCAGAGUCAGCUCUUCAGGAAGGCAUGCAGUAUGGUGGAUAUGUUAAUAACCAAGCUAGCUCUGCACCAGCUCCCUUGUCAUCAAGUUCAGAUGAUGAGGAAGAGGAUGAGGAGGAUGAGGAAGCAGCAAUUGAUAGUUCCUCUACUACUAGCAGUGCCUCUCCUGUUCUGAACAAUUAUGAUGCCCUGGAAGGAGGUGGCUAUCCAGAGAGCCGCUCUGUGACCAGCAGCCCAGUCCCUGCUCCUUCGGUUUCCCAAACAUCAAAAACAUCCAAGCCCUUUGGUUAUGGAUAUCCGGCACUGCAGCCUGGCUACCAAAAUGCAACACCACCUGCUCCUGUGCAACCCAGCAAUCCAGGCCAUCAUCCUGGCUUUCAGCACUAUCCACAGCAAUAUCCAGGUGUGAACCAGCUGUCCUCUUCCUUAGGAGGUCUAAGUCUACAGCAUUCUCAGCAGCCAGAAAGCUUGAGACCGGUAAACCUUACACAAGAUAGGAAUAUUUUGCCCGUUUCUUCAGUUCCAGCCCCUGUGCCUAACUUGAACUCUGAUCUGAGGAAAUUAAACUGCAGUCCAGACUCAUUUCGAUGUACGUUGACAAAUAUUCCACAGACACAAGCUUUGUUAAAUAAAGCUAAGCUUCCUUUGGGUUUGUUGCUACAUCCCUUCAGAGACUUAACGCAAUUACCAGUAAUAACAUCGAGCACAAUAGUAAGAUGCAGGUCCUGCAGGACGUAUAUCAACCCGUUUGUUUCUUUCAUUGAUCAAAGGAGGUGGAAGUGCAAUCUGUGCUAUAGAGUUAAUGAUGUUCCUGAAGAGUUUAUGUAUAAUCCUCUGACACGAUCUUAUGGAGAGCCUCAUAAACGUCCAGAGGUCCAAAAUUCUACAGUAGAAUUCAUCGCUUCCUCAGAUUAUAUGCUUCGUCCUCCUCAGCCUGCAGUGUAUUUAUUUGUUUUCGAUGUGUCUCACAAUGCAGUGGAAGCUGGAUAUUUGACAAUAGUUUGCCAGGCACUGUUGGAGAACCUAGACAAGCUGCCUGGAGAUUCAAGAACAAGAAUAGGGUUCGUAACAUUUGACAGCACUGUUCAGUUUUAUAACUUGCAGGAAGGUUUAUCUCAGCCUCAAAUGCUAAUUGUCUCGGAUAUUGAUGAUGUUUUCCUGCCUACCCCAGAUAGUUUACUUGUAAAUCUCCAUGAAAGCAAAGAGCUGAUAAAAGAUCUUUUGAAUGCAUUACCAAAUAUGUUCACCAAUACAAGAGAAACACACAGUGCACUGGGCCCCGCACUUCAGGCUGCAUUUAAACUGAUGUCUCCAACAGGUGGUCGGAUAUCUGUCUUUCAGACUCAGUUACCUUCUUUGGGUGCAGGGCUCCUGCAUUCGAGAGAAGAUCCCAAUCAAAGAUCAAGCACAAAGGUGGUUCAACAUCUUGGUCCAGCAACAGAUUUUUAUAAGAAGUUGGCAUUAGACUGUUCAGGCCAGCAGACUGCUGUGGAUUUAUUUCUCUUAAGUUCACAAUAUUCUGAUCUAGCUUCUCUUGCUUGCAUGUCCAAGUAUUCUGCUGGAUGCAUCUAUUAUUACCCAUCUUUUCAUCAUAGCCAUAAUCCUGCUCAGGCUGAGAAGUUGCAGAAAGAUCUGAAAAGAUACCUUACAAGGAAGAUUGGGUUUGAGGCAGUUAUGCGAAUACGAUGUACAAAAGGUCUUUCAAUACACACUUUUCAUGGGAAUUUCUUUGUACGAUCGACUGAUCUGUUGUCACUUGCCAAUGUCAAUCCUGAUGCUGGAUUUGCAGUACAAAUGUCCAUUGAAGAAAGUCUGAGUGAUACGUCUCUGGUUUGUUUUCAAACAGCACUUCUGUAUACAUCUAGCAAAGGUGAGCGGCGAAUUCGAGUGCACACGCUUUGCUUGCCCGUAGUCAGUUCCCUGGCCGAUGUAUAUGCAGGAGCAGAUGUGCAAGCUGUUGUAUGCCUCUUAGCAAACAUGGCUGUGGAUCGUUCAGUUUCAUCUAGUCUUGCAGAUGCAAGAGAUGCCUUAGUUAAUGCUGUGGUGGACUCCUUGUCAGCAUACAUGUCAACUGCCUCAAAUCUGCAGCAAUCCACGCUGGUAGCACCAAAUUCCCUCAAGCUGUUUCCAUUGUAUGUUUUGGCUCUGCUCAAGCAGAAAGCGUUUAGAACUGGCACUAGCACACGCUUGGAUGAUCGUGUGUAUGCCAUGUGCCAGAUGAAGAGCCAGCCUCUCGUUCACCUUAUGAAAAUGAUCCAUCCCAACCUGUACAGGAUAGACAAGCUGAUACAUGAGACUGCAAUACAUGUAAACGACAAGGUUGUUCCUCAACCACCUCUUCAGAAGUUGUCUGCAGAGAAGUUGACAAGAGAAGGAGCUUUUCUUAUGGAUUGUGGUUCAGUAUUUUAUAUUUGGAUUGGGAAAAACUGUGAUAACAACUUCAUCAAAGAUGUCCUUGGUUACCCAAACUAUGCAUCGGUACCGCAGAAAAUGACACAGCUUCCUGAGGCAGAGGCAAUUUCUUCAGAAAGGACACGGUCUUUUAUAUCCUGGCUUAGAGACAAUAGACCUUUAAGUCCAGUUCUUCAAGUAAUAAAAGAUGAGAAUCCUGCCAAAACAGAUUUUUAUCAACAUUUAAUUGAAGAUCGGACAGAAGCAGCUUUCUCUUACUAUGAAUUCUUACUUCAUAUUCAACAGCAGAUUUGUAAGUGAAGGAGGAAUAUACUAAAAGAAAAAUCCUGACCUCGGAUAGAAGCAUUUGCUGAGAGAAGUACAUGGGAAGUUACAAAAGUGUGUGUUCAUUCUUCACAAUAUGCAGUGACCAACACUGUUUCAGAGGCUUUACAGCUAAGGGAAAAGUGYACAUUUCCUGUGGAAUCUUGCAGAUUUGCUUCCGCCCAAAGUGAUAGGAGUAAUGAAGCUGUUUCACUAGUAAACUUUAAAUGGUUUAUACACGUUUCCAGUAGUGCGGCGAUAUGGUGCUCUGUUUAUUGCAAGCUGGUGAAUUUAUGUAGCUAUGUGGGAUGAUAUUUCUUAAUGAAAUGUACAAUUAGAGAAAAGCCUUUUUUUCUUACAUUUAUUAUGGUAGCCCUUCCACAUUCAAACUGUCAGAGAUGUAAACAGGGCAGUGCUGUAUGUUGGUUGUUUAUAUGAAUUUCUUUUUAAAAUGAAUGACUCAUAUUUACUAUUCAACAAAUUCCUGGUGAAAGUUGUAGAGUUUCAGUAAAGUACAUGAACUGUAGAAAUAAAAUAUAUAAUGUACAUAAGUGUUACAUUU